AUUGUCCGGCCAAAUGGGACCAGUUCGUGCUUUUAGCGGCAAUGGAAAUGCAGACAAUGGCGAAAGCAAAGAGGUGUCCUUCCAUGCCAUAAGUCCCAACCUAAUUAGCGUCCAGUCAAAGUUUCGUCGCAGCUACUAUCACAAGGUCGUCCUGGGCGGAUUAGUGGCUCUGGUAAUAAUUUUGCUGAUCACAAUCAUAGUAUUAAGCUUAACACUAAGGAAAUCAAGUAACAUAUGCCGUAGCAAAGAGUGCAUCCGCACAGCGGCCAGCCUUGUUUAUGCUAUGGACGAACAGACUGAUCCUUGCGAGGACUUUUACAAAUUCACCUGCGGCCGCUGGGCCGAUGGGCAUCCGCGUCCCGAUUCGGCCACCUCGAACGAUUGGUUCCGUGAGCGGCAGGCGCAUAUAAUGAGAGUGUUGCGCUCCUUCCUCCAGUCGAAUAUUAGCAGCGUAGAGCCCACCGUUGUUGGCAUGGCCAAGACUAUGUACAAGGCAUGCAUGGACACGGAGCGCCUGGACGAGCGCGAUCUGGAGCCGCUUGUUAACUACCUGCAAAAAUUCAAACUGCUCGUGAUGCCCUCGGUCUUUAAUCUAACGCUCAGCAGUGGCUCAAAGUAUAGCAUGGACGUGGUCAAUUUCACGUACAAUUGGCUAGACACUAUUGUGGCCAUUAAGCUACAUCUGAGCCUGGAUCUGAUGAUUGGUUUCGAUGUUUUUCCCGAUCCACUGAAUCGUACACUCAAUCGCAUUGCGCUGGGUACCCCAGAAUCGGAUUCCGCGUUUCCUUUCAACAACGAUGACUCCCAUAAGUUGCUGCGCAAAAUCCAUAGGAGAACAAUCUAUAUGCAAAAUAUUGAUGAAACUGAUGACAACGAUAAUCACUCAAUGGAUGAGGAGGAGGCCGCUAAGCAAACUGGCCCUGGAUUGAACGGCUAUGUGCUUUACGUGCACAAGGUCAUUGAGAAAUAUCUGCUAUAUGUUGAUCCCGAUAUUAAUCAGGAGGAGGCCAACGUGGGCAUAACAGAACUGGUCAAACAGGCUGUAAAAGUAGCACGAAAGAUUCACACGCUGAAAGAGGAGGCUGAGAACUCAACGAAGCCCGCCAAGAAUCCAGUGGAAGACAUUGUUUACAUCUCAGUGCUGGAGCUGCAGAAUCAGACAGACAAAAACAUUGCACCACAAACAAUGCCCAUCUGGUCGCGGUACAUUCAACUAAUACUGGCCGACACAAAACAUGCCGCCAAAACGGAAACCAUAAAUACGACGACGAUUAUAACCAGCCAGGCGGAUAUAAACUAUCUGCAGAAUAUGGUGGAAUAUUUGCAGGAGACUCCGGCAAUGCACAUUGAAUCCUUCUUAUGGCUCAGUGCUCUCGAGGAGCUGGUGUUGCACACGACGAGCAGCAUGCGACUGCUGCAUGCCGAAUAUAUGCGUCUGGUCAUUGGCACCGAGGGCAGCACCCCCCGCUCCCUCUACUGCGCCAACGGGGUGAACACACUGUUCGGCAUGGCCGUCAGUUAUGUGCUGGCCGAUGAGCGUUUUACGAGGGAGACGCUGCCACGCGUUGAGCGCAUGCUGAGCGAUAUACGACGUUCCUUCGAUAGACUGGUGCGUGCCACCACUUGGAUGGAUGCGGCAACCAAGCGGCAGACAAUGCAAAAGUCUGCAGACAUGAAGAGCUUUAUUGGUUUUCCCCAUUGGCUGACAAAUGCCACUGCCUUGAAUGCUUAUUAUGCGGGCGUUGAGGUUAAUGCGACCACCCAUCUGGAGAACCUAAUGGGAAUGGUGCACUGGCAAAUGCUGGGCAAGAUCAAUAACAUGGACAAGCCAGAGCCAAUUGGCUGGGCCACAUCGCCCUCUAAUGUGAAUGCCUUUCAUACGUUCCAAUCGAAUGCCAUAACUGUGCCCAUUGCCAUACUACAGUAUCCGUUCUACGACCUUGGCCUCGAAGCCCUGAAUUACGGGUCGAUAGGCACGAUACUGGGCCAUGAGUUGACGCACGGCUUUGACGACAGCGGACGACGGUUCGAUAGGGAGGGGAAUAUGGUCGAAUGGUGGUCCAACCGGACAAUCAAUGAGUAUGUCAAUCGCACCGAAUGCUUUGUGGACCAGUACAGUCACUACUAUCUAUCGGAUAUUGGCGAAUACAUUGACGGCGAGCUGACGCUGGGCGAGAAUAUUGCCGAUAAUGGCGGGAUGCGGGAGUCCUAUUUGGCGUACCGCCUCUACGUUAACGAAGUUGGCCCUGAGCGGCUCAAGCUGCCCGGUCUGGAGCAUUAUACGCACGAACAGCUGUUCUUCAUCGCAUUUGGCAAUCUGUGGUGUGAAACUUACACACCAGCUGCGUCCCGCUAUGCACUGGAGGAUUCCCAUUGUCCGGGUCAGAUACGGCUGAAAGGAGUGCUCUCCAAUUCAGAGGAGUUUGCGCGCACCUUCAAGUGUGCACGCGGCACAGCCAUGAAUCCCGAGAAGCCCAAGUGCCGUAUUUGGUAAAAGGCAGCAGCAGCAGAUGCUCAGCUAAAUAUAUAGCUAUGAACAGUCAAGUGAUUUUUCUACAUAAUUAUACAUGUAAUACUUGUAAUUAAGUCUAGCAAUU